CUGGAUUAAGUGGCGCACAUUGAAGGCAUGUAACAUCUGGGAGGGGCAUCUUUGCUGUGACAGUGUCGAGUCAGUUGGCUGUGUAGAAUAGAGGGUUUUCAUCCGGUGCAGAAGGGAAACCUUUCUUCUUUCUGAAAACAGGUCUGUAGAUGCGCAGGGCUCCGACGCAGCGGAGGUCGAGAGGCUGCUGGUGAAUUACAAUUGGGAUACGAAGCCACCAUGAACGAGGGGCUUUUUUUAUUUGUUGCGAAUUACCGCACAUUUUAUUCAUUAGAGCAUUCUUCUGAUGAGGAUUUCGUCCUGUAGUCUCACACAGGAAUGGUUUUUCUCGGCUUGGCUUUGCUACAGAGGACCAUGGAGACCUCCGGUCAUGCUCUCUGGCUUCUCUCUGGAAUGUGAUGCAGUCCCGUGUUGUUAUACCUGUACCUCCGCACACAUCUGCACACCAGAUGUUUAAGCAGUUAGUGCUUGACUUCAACCAGUGAGCCCACUGAUCCUCUCAGGAUUCAGCUUUAGACACCUGAUCAGAGGUGCAGUGGCUCCCCCUGAUGGUACUUAGUGUCAUCUGAAGUAGGAGACACCCAUGUUUAUCCACUGCUGACCUGCUAGAAAUGCAACCAUUGACUCUACACCUCAAGAGAACACAUGGCUGAUACUGCAAGGUGAGGGCGUGGCUGGGUGUGUGAAUUGUAAAGUCCCCAGAAUUACAUCACAUGGAGGUCAAAGGACAUGUGAUCACAUCCAUGGGUUUGGGGGCUCCAGAUGUUCAAGGCUGCCAGGACAGCAAGCUGCAGGCUGAGAGGGUCGCAGCUCUGCAAGAGAGGAAGCAGGCCCUGGAGGCUCUCCUCAACAGCAGAGUGGGAGAGCUCAAACAAGUCUGUUUGCAGGAAGCAGAGCUGACUGGGAAGUUGCCACGUGCUUUCCCCCUGGAGACGGGGGAGAAACCACCAGUGGUGCAGCGCAGAGCUGGCCUGUCGCCCAAUAGCAAGGCAGAGGAUGAGGCUGCCCAGAGAAAGCAGAUGAAAGCCAUCUUCACCGGUGCUUUGUACAGACAUACGGAAUCAGACCGAAAUGUCCCAAAUAGCAAGAGGACAGUCCAUCGGGGGUGUCAUACAGAGGACACUGUCAUGUCAGAGAGUACAAGCUCCAUGUCAGACUCAACAUCCCAUGACAAUGAGUCUUCUCCCAGUGUGGCUGCUGACCAGCGCUCCCUGUCGCAGCCCCGGCUCACUGUGGGCAGCCCUGACCACAGGAUCAGCAGGAAGCUGUCUCCAGUAGAGAUUUACUACGAGAUGAGGACACGCCGCAACUCUGUCACGAGCUCUGUUAGCCCAACUCACUCUUUACCAAGAAGUGCAUCUAACGUUGAAGGGAGAAGUGUUCCAGCUACUCCUCUGUUGGCCAGAACUGCUCCAAUCAGCGUUCAUGUCAGGUCGGAUGCGUCAGGGGGUAAUGGGUUGAAGCAGUGGUCUGGCAGCCUGGAUGUGCCAUAUAUGAUCCCACUGGCCCAGGAGGGAUCCUCCUCUGACCAUCGAAGCUGCCCUUACAGCUCCAGGGCCAGGCGCAGUAACAGCUCUGAGGCCCUGCUGGAUAGAUCGAGCCUCCCUGACGAUCCAGCGCCCAGAAACGGGAUGCACCCCAGAGGAGGGCCCUACAAAAGCUCAGAGACACUGACUGACGGCAAGCUGCGACACAUUCACCUGGGCAGCCCUGAGAGACAUGUGGACAGCUCUGUGGAACAGGCCAAACUGCGUCUGUCCAUGGGAGGCAGGGGAGCCGGGGGAGGCUACAACGAGCUGCUGAUGGACUAUAUCUGGGGGAAGCAGCAGAGGAUGCAAGUGCAGCACCACCUGUACCAGUCCACAGGCAGGAUCUGGCAGGACCUGCCCUCUCCUCGCUCCUCCACUGCGGCAGUGCCUCCCCAUGCCAACGGCUUUUCCCAUUCACAGGUGCACCUCCCAAGUGCUGCACCUCCUUACAGCCCCAUGGUCCUCCGAGGGUCUCAAGCUGAACUGCGCAGGGUCAAAGUCACUAGAACCAAAUCUUGUGGGCCCUUUAUUCCUUUGCAGCAACAUCCCCAGGACGCCAUCCUGCUGUCAGCGUAUGAGUCUCCCCUUCCUGCCUCUGGCACCACCACAUCCUCCAUCCCUAACCUGCACCCUUACCAGACCGAGCUGUCUGGCACCUCCUUUGGCCGCAGACCCCCACAGUUCUCUCUUCCAACCCCAGAGGACUCAACGCGAAGCCUGCAUAAAGCCCUGGCUCUGGAGGGACUGAGGGACUGGUACCUGAGGAACGCCCUCGGCUAUCCUCCUGCUGCCCCAAAGGGCCACGAGGCAGGCAUCUCUCGCCUCUCACACCCCCACCCCCUGGCCCAGUCUGUUCAAGGUGAACCAGCCAACCUCCACAGGCCUCAGAUACCCCAGUCAGCCAGCUUCCACGGUCACCCGCUGCAUGGAAGGUCGAUGGAGUUCUCUCUCUAUCAGGAGACUCCUCAUCCACAGAUGCAGGAGGCGACCCCAAAGGAACCCAGUGCAGACCCAGGCACCCUUGUCUGA